AAACACCUAAACACCUAAAUACCUAAACACCUACACCUACACACACACACACACACAUAUAUAUAUAUAUAUUCUUGAAUAUCUUUUUCUUCUUCUUCUUUCUCCUCCCACUUCUUCUCCUAAUCUACAUCCUAAUGGAAAGACCUACACAAAAGGAAUACAUCAGACGAAAGCUAGUAAUUGUCGGUGACGGCAAUUGCGGGAAAACAUCUCUCUUGACUGUUUUCACCCAGGGGUUUUUCCCUAAAAAAUAUAUCCCGACAGUAUUCGAAACCCACGUCAAGGAUGUUGUAAUUGAUGGCAAGGCAGUCCAGCUUGCAUUGUGGGAUACAGCAGGACAAGAAGAAUAUGAACGUAUUCGACCGCACUCGUAUGUCAAGGCCAACAUUAUCCUAAUUGCCUAUGCAAUCGACAGUCCCGACUCUCUUGACAAUGUUACCACAAAGUGGAUUGAAGAGGUCAAUAAAGAGUGCCCAAGAACACCCAUAAUUUUGGUCGGCUGUAAGCGAGAUCUUCGGGAUGGCACAGAGCAACCUCUUGCACGAGAACAUGUCGAGAGGGCCCAGUCCAAUAGAAACGUGGGCGAACGAUUUGUUCGUCGAACAGAAGCAGAAGUAGUAGCUAGCCACAUCGGAGCACGCUGUCAUUUGGAAUGUAGUGCACUCACAGGCGAAGGUGUGGAUGCCAUUUUUGAUAUGGCCACCCGGGCCGCUCUGCUACACAAAGUAGAUGGUGCUGGUUCAGGAUGUUGCGUUAUUUUGUAAAUACUUACACGCAAAUUACCCUUAUUCCUGUUGUGUCUAGUAGUAGCAGUAGUAGCAGUAGUAGUAUUUAAAUGGCCUCACUAUAUCGUAAUCAUUAACUCUUUUUAUCUUUUAUCCUAUCUAUAACUCUAUAUCUAUCUUUAUCUCUCCUUCUGUCUACCCUCCUUCCUUCCCUUUAAUAAAUUCAACGUGUAUUCGUAAUC